AUACGUUGCAUUAUUUUACAUCUCGUAUGUUAUAUUAAUUAUUACGCGCAUUUGAAAAAAUAAUCUAACAAUAAUUAUUUUAUGACAAUUUUACUUAAGUAUAUAUAUAUAUAUAGAUAUAGUUACACUCAAUACUCGUCACUAAUUUGUUAAUUGUAAGGUUAUGUUCAACAAAAUUGUAUUAUUUUAUAUAACAAUUGGAAUACAUUGAAUUUACCAUGGAAAAGAUAAGAAGUUUAUCUGGUGAUGUAGGUUGCGGGGUUCUUUUAUCGGCUUUGUUUUUUAUAUACCUAGCAUUUGGUACACCAGAAUGGUUGGUCAGUGAUCCUAGAAUUCUUGGCGCUCAAUUUGAGAAAAUGGGCCUUUGGGUACAUUGCCUUAGAUCUUUACCAAGACCAUAUGAAGCCGAUGCACCUAAACAAUUCUUUGUAGGCUGUAGAUGGGUUUACGAUCCAUUUACUACAGAAUACAAUCAUAUUUGGGAGUUUUCAUUACCACGUUCUAUGAUAGCUACCCAAUUAUUUUUCACAGUAUGUUGUUUACUUAUUUUGGUAUCGUUUGGAUUGAUGUUGUUGUUUAUAUUAUGCUGUCGUCCAACAGAAAAAAGAUAUAUUCUACUUAUUAAGAUUAUUAGUUAUUUGUCGUUCACCAGCGGUAUUCAUGGUGCCAUAGCUGUCAUUAUAUUUGCAUGCAUGGGAAAUACAGAUGGUUGGAUGUCAGGUCAUACAAAUAAUUAUUUUGGAUGGUCCUUUGCAAUGGCUGUUGUUGGUACUACCUUAGCUCUCAUAGCAAGCAUAUUGUUCCUUAUUGAAGCAAAUAUACAGAAUAAGAAGCAUAGAAAUUUUAGAGAAUUUCAAAUGCAAUUACAAUUACAAUUGAAUGCAUAAUGAUUGAAUUUAUGGUGGAACAUUUCAAUAUUUCUU